CAAAUCCAUGGCCUAUCUUGGGCAAUAUUUUUCAUAUGGGAAAGCAGCCUCAUGUGUCUCUGACCAACUUUGCACAAACCUAUGGUCCAAUUAUGUCACUAAGACUAGGAACACAGGUGAUGGUUGUUGGAUCAUCACCUGCUGCUGCUGUGGAAAUCCUCAAGACUCAUGAUCGCGUGUUAUCUGCAAGGUAUGUUCCUGAUAUGCUGCAUGUGAAGAGCUUGGAACUCAAUUACUUAUCGAUGGGGUGGGCUCAUGAAUGCAAUGAUGGGUGGAAGUAUUUACGAACAUUAUGUAGAACUGAACUUUUUCUCAGGAGAAUCUGCCCUGGCUUACCAAUGGCUGCAAAGGGUGUACCUUUUGUUCUUGCUUCAUUGAUCCAUUUCUUUGAUUGGUCUCUUCCACAUGGAAAUGAUCUUAAUGAGCUAGACAUGACUGAGAAGUUUGGCAUAACAUUGCAGAAGGAACAACCUCUACUCCUCAUCCCCAAAGCCAGAAAAUGA